UUGGGAAGGCGUCUGUGACACAAACUCGAGAUGACGGCGCCACACCUUUCCAGACGGAGACUUAGACGGUGCUGAAAAAAAAAAGAAAAAAAAGGGCCGCGCGCCUGGGAAAGUGGAGACGACCGUCAAGGGACCAGAAAUCGUGAGACCAACGAGUGACAUUUGGAUAGACCGCCAGAUAAUGUACGGAGUGUGUAUAAAAAUAACCAAGAAAACAUUGUUCUGCAUCGAGUGAAAAAAAACAAAAACAAACAAACAAACAAACAAAAAAAAACAGAACAAAUGAACGUGUAUCCCGCGAGCGGACAGUCUGACCGGAGAUUGAAGCGGCUAUUUCUUGCACGCGCCACCAGCUCACAAUCCCAACGUCGGCGAUGACAUCACCGGAGUUGCCCCACAACCGAGCCGAGCGCAUAUUUCCCUGCCCUCUGGCGCCCUCUGCCGUCUGAAGCCGAGAACUGCAGCCCGAGCGAACGGCAGGCAUGCAGCCGCCGGCGGUGGAGGAGGGAAUGAACGCGGAGAUCGUGGAGCACUACAACCACACGCGGAAGUGGGAGUGCCGCUCGCCGGACGACCCGUACAAGACGGCGGUGCUGGUGCUGAUCUGCGGCCUGAUCGUGCUGGAGAACCUCACCGUGCUGAUCGCGCUGGGCCGCAACAAGCGCCUGCACGGCCGCACCUACCUGCUGAUCGGCAACCUGGCGCUGUCGGACCUGCUGGCGGGCGUGGCCUACCUGGUGAACAACUUCACGUCGGGCCGGCGGACGUUCUUCCUGACGCCGGCGCUGUGGCUGGCCCGGGAGGGCAGCAUGUUCGUGGCGCUGAGCGCCUCCACCUUCGGCCUGCUGGCCGUGGGCGUGGAGCGCCACCUCACCAUGGUGCGGCUGUGGCCCUGCCGGGCGCCGGGGCGCGGCCGGCUGCUGGGCAUGCUGGCCGGCUGCUGGGCCGUGUCGGCCCUGCUGGGCGCCCUGCCCAGCCUGGGCUGGAACUGCCGCGGCCGGCUGGAGGCCUGCUCCACCGUGCUGCCGCUGUACGCCAAGAGCUACGUGGCGUUCUGCACCAGCGUGUUCACGGCGCUGCUGGCGGCCGUGGUGGCCCUGUACACGCGCAUCUACCGGCUGGCCACGUCGCGCGGGCGCCGGGCGUCGGAGCGCGCCCUGGGGCUCCUGCGCACCGUGGCGGUGGUGCUGGGCGUGUUCGUGGCCUGCUGGGCGCCGCUGUUCGUGCUGCUGCUGCUGGACGUGGGGUGCGGGCCGGGCCGCUGCCCCGUGCUGCUCCGGGCCGACUGGUUCAUCGCGCUGGCGGUGCUCAACUCCGCGCUCAACCCGCUCAUCUACACGCUGACCAGCCGCGACAUGCGCGGCGCCUUCCUCCGGCUGCUGUGCUGCUGCUGGGGGCCCGCGGCGGGGGCCGAGCCGCCCUCCAGCCCCAACCCGGGGUCGGCGCCGGCCCGGCCCGCCGGGGCCCAGGAGACCAGCCGCUGCGGCGGGGGAGGGGCGGGCGGGGCCAGGGCGGGGCGGGCGCAGUCGCCCCCGAGUGUCAAUCAUCACCCCGACCCCGCCUCCUCCUCCUCCCCCGGCCCGGCCCACUUGCUGUCGGCGGUUCUGGGGAAGGCGGAGACGAUAACCGCCCUGGGGAAGUUCUGACGACUCCCAACUGCACGUGUCGCGGUCCAGAAUAUUCCAUCUGUAAGAAUUGGGGGUGGGGGAGGGGGGGGCUUGUGAAUAUUCAUAGUAUGGUCCAGAUUUACAAUGAGAUUCUCCUUGAUGGUGUCCACGCUUUAUGGUCUGAGCUGGGGUGCCGUAUGGGGCGGUAACUUUGAGACGAUUCCUGACUGACAGUGGCCCUCAAAAACGGGGUGAGCUGAGUGGUUGUGAUCCCCAAAAUCCCUGGCAGGACCCCUGGGUCUGACUGACCCUUCCUAUCCAGGCACUAAGGAAACCAAUGAAUGGGUCAGGCAGCUGCUGGGACACCUCAGAAUCAUCUGGUCCUCAAUUUGCAAUGAUGUCACAAUG